AAGGAUGGCGGAGGCACACCUCUGAAGUGGGAGCAUAUUCUGAUCUGUGUCCCCCACGAGAAGACUUUGUUUACUAUAAAUUGUUGCGAGUCUUCUUUGAGUAGAAAAUCAAAUCCAUCGAGAGAUUAAAAACAACUUGAUGACCUUUGCAGCCUGAAUUUAUAUCCAAAGGACCUGGGAUUGUAUGCAGUUCAAACACUUAAGCAUGUGGCCUAUGGGUGCCACAGUCCAGCUACUUCAAAGGAUUUUUUCUCCCAUGGCAUUUUAACAAAGUAUCAAAAGUGACCCAAAAACCUUUGGAUCACAAGGCCUUUUUUCAAGGAUAAUCAUAAAUGCAUGGGCCUGCAUAGGGAUGUUUUCUUUAAAAGCCUCCACGGCUAUCUGUGUCUGUUUUUUUUUGAAUAAGUAACCUGACAAGAAAGACUCCCAUGAGCAACUUAACAGGAGGCCCGAUAACGUCGACAUGAGUAGUACUUUAGGCAAAGAAAAAGACCCGAAAGAAAAGGACCCCAAAGGUGGUCCAGCGGGGAAAGAAAGGGAAAAGGAGGCCAAGGCUCUAGCCGGCUUAGUAAAGGAUGGUGGCAAAGAAACGAAGACCAAAGGGAAAGAUGCCAAAGAAGGAAAGAAGGACACCAGCAGCUCAACACCGGGUGUUGCCUUCUCUGUUGACAAUACGAUAAAGCGGCCAAACCCGGCACCAGGUACACGCAAGAAGUCCAGCAAUGCCGAGGUGAUCAAAGAGCUCAACAAGUGUCGGGAGGAGAACUCAAUGAGACUGGACCUUUCUAAAAGGUCCAUUCACAUGCUGCCCACCUCCAUAAAGGAGUUGACGCAGCUGGCUGAACUCUACUUGUACAGCAACAAGCUGCAGAGCCUGCCGGCGGAGGUGGGUUGCCUAUCAGGUCUGGUCACUUUGGCCCUGAGUGAAAACUCCCUGACCAGUUUGCCUGACUCCCUGGACUCUCUUAAGAAGCUUCGAAUGCUCGACCUCCGGCACAACAAGCUGAGAGAGAUACCGGCUGUUGUCUACCGGCUGACAUCUCUGACCACGCUGUACCUGCGCUUCAACCGCAUUACAACUGUGGAGAAGGACAUCCGAAACCUAUCCAAGCUCACUAUGCUCAGCAUUCGUGAGAACAAAAUCAAACAGCUGCCCGCAGAGAUAGGGGAGCUAUGCAACCUCAUAACUCUGGAUGUUGCCCAUAACCAGUUGGAACACCUACCGAGAGAGAUUGGGAAUUGCACACAGAUUACCAACCUCGACUUGCAGCACAAUGAGCUCUUGGACCUCCCAGAGACUAUAGGCAACCUGGCAAGCAUAAAUCGUUUAGGUCUGCGAUACAAUAGAUUGUCAGCCAUUCCCAGAUCAUUAGCCACAUGUCGAGAACUGGAGGAGCUAAAUCUUGAAAAUAACAACAUUUCAGUGUUGCCAGAGGGCCUACUGUCAAGUUUGGUUAACCUGACCAGUCUAACACUGGCGAGGAACUGCUUCCAGUCGUACCCUGUGGGUGGACCAUCCCAGUUCUCCACCAUCUACUCCCUCAACAUGGAGCACAACCGCAUCAACAAGAUCCCCUUUGGUAUCUUCUCCAGAGCCAAAGUGUUAAGCAAGCUUAACAUGAAGGACAACCAGUUAACAUCUCUGCCAUUGGACUUUGGCACAUGGACUAGCAUGGUCGAGCUUAACCUGGCCACCAAUCAGCUGACAAAGAUCCCAGAGGAUGUCUGUGGUUUAGUCUCUCUGGAGGUGUUAAUAUUGUCCAAUAAUCUUCUCAAGAAGUUACCGCAUGGUAUUGGGAAUUUGAGAAAGCUACGGGAACUUGACUUAGAGGAAAACAAGUUGGAAUCUCUACCCAAUGAAAUUGCGUAUCUUAAAGAUUUACAGAAAUUGGUGUUGACAAAUAAUCAGCUGACCACGUUACCCAGAGGCAUCGGCCACCUCACCAACCUGACUCAUCUUGGUUUGGGGGAGAACCUGCUGCAACACCUUCCAGAGGAGAUUGGUACACUGGAGAACUUGGAGGAACUGUACCUCAAUGACAACCCCAACCUGCACAGCCUCCCGUUCGAGCUGGCCCUGUGCAGCAAGCUGUCCAUCAUGAGCAUCGAGAACUGUCCCCUCAGCCACCUGCCGCCCCAGAUUGUCGCGGGAGGCCCCUCCUUCAUCAUCCAGUUCCUCAAGAUGCAGGGACCGUACCGUGCCAUGGUCUGAGCCAAGAGAAGCUCAAUCCUAGUCCUUCUUACCUCCAAACCCUCCACUUGCUCUGCACACUUUCACCUGCCCGCCCCCGUUAUGUGUAUCAUACACUGUAAAGAGAACAGACUGGCCACAAUCAGCGUCCGGGGGCAAUUACAAGGAGGAGGAGGGGAAAGAUGAAAAUGUUUCUUUUGCCAUCCUUGGGCAGAAACGAGGUGAAUCGUCUGAGACUUGACUUCUGUGUUACUCCAGAGUUCAUCACGAUCAUUUUAGGACCCCAGCCAUCCCCAGUCAUGUUUCAUUCCGAAUCAUACAAGAGGGAAAUAUUUCCAUCUCUUUGCCAAAACUGAAGAUAUAUGAAGUUCUAUAUAUUGAGUAACUGUGAGCUAAGUGGCAAGUCUUUUAACCAUAUAAACCGUGCUCCCAUUGCCAAUGUAUUUACAGUAAUUACAAGCAUCUAUUAUGUGAGCAAGGAUACAAUUGUAUGCAAAAACAAACAAAAUAAGUCUUUGGAACUUCACAUUUACAGCUGCUGCCGUAAUUUUAACUUUGUCAUCUUGUUAUAUUUUCUUUUGAUAGUCACUUUUUUUUUUUUCUAUAUCACCUUCGCUCAAGAUAACUUAUGCUAAUUGCUUCUUGACCAUGGAGAACAAAGGUCUAAUGAUGGCGUGUUUAUCAUUUUUUUUAUCAUUUGUUUAUUUUUAAAAACUGUGCCUAUGUUUAGAGUGAUCCAGUGGUUCAUUUCUAAACA